AAUUGGAUACCUGCAAUGCAUUUCUGAAUGAUCCAGGGUCAAGUGAUCUCCUUUGGGAUGGUUUGCUCUGUGUUGUGAUGACAGAUCUGUCUGUCUUUUUGCCUCUCCAGAUUAUUUAACAUAUACAGCAUAUGUAUUGGUCGUGUAGUCGUAACACAAGUGAAAAUGACUGGAGGUUAUGAAGUGGAGCAGUUUGUGGAUACCCCAGAUGAUGAUCUGAUUUGUGUCAUCUGUAGAGCCGUUCUACGCUGCCCUGUACGACUCAAAUGCAACCAUGUCUUCUGCAAGGAAUGCAUUUUGCAGUGGAUGAAAAGACAGGUGAAAUGCCCUUGCUGCAGGCAGCCUAUUGACCAGAACCAAAUGCUGGUUUUGUUUAAGCUGAGUAAAUCCAUUGGCCGUUUACCAAUCAAGUGUCGAAAUGCACAGCAAGGCUGCCGAACCACUUUCCCGCUCUCGAACGAGUACCUCCACAUCUCCAACUGUCCGUACGAGUGGCAGCUCUGUCCUCAUGAAGGCUGUGGGCAGCAGGUGCUGAGGAAAGAUGCGCAGGCACACGACCAGAGCUGUAGCCACUGGCGACAGCUGUGUCCCAUGGGCUGCGGGACGCUUCUCGUCCGAGAGAACCAGGCCCGACACAACUGCUACCGAGAGCUACGGCAGCACUACGUGUCCGAGCGGAGGAAGCAGAGGGCCAUCGCUGCCAACCUACGCAGGAAGAUGCAGCGCAUGCAGAGCCGGAUGGCACAAAUAAGAAGGCAGAUCAAUCUUUUGUGCGAGAGCCUGGAGGUCGACGAUCUGGAAAUUGAAGCAGGAGAGGGAACCAGCACAUGGAUGGACGCUAGUGCCGCCAGUCCAAGCAGCAGCAGACACCAUCACACCAACAGUUCAAGAGUCAGAUUUACAUGACGGAAAUAUCCUUCAGGAUUCAAAAAAAAGCAUUCGAGUUAGUUUUUUGUAUGUGCGAGUUUCAUUAAAUGUAUCUUUCCCUUUUUGUAAUCAUCUGGGAUAGUUCACCAAAAAACGUUUACCCGCAUUCAUGUCAUUCCAAACUUGUAUGACUUUCUUUCUCCAGAAGAUAUUUUGAAGACGUUUCAACUGUACAUAGUACAUACAAUGAAACACAAACACUGCAAAAUAAAAAUAAAAAUAUUUUUUGUGAUCUGCAGAUUGCAGAGUAAAGAAAGUCAUACAUGUUUAAAAACAUGAGGUUAAGUAUAUGAUGACAGAAUCCCUUUAAGGGCGGCACAGCCAACCGAAUUUACAGAUUUAUUGUUUGUAUAUAGAGAAAAGUACGAUAAACAGAAAAGGUUGAUGCUAAUUACCAAAUAUUACAAAGAAAAAACAAUUACUGUAACAUUCAAAUGCCUGCUUAAGUUAUUACAGAUAUUACAAUCUUGAAGUGACACUUGACAAGAAAAUGUCAAAUCGUACAAAAACUGUCUUUGAUACUAGGCCUAUAUAUUAAUUCAUAAUGUAAAAAGCAAACACUCGUGGAACAUGUAUGUAAGACUUUUUUCAAAACGAGUUUGAAUGAAUGUAAAAAUGAAUGAUUUAAUAAAUUCUUUAUUAUUUACUAUUUACUUGUUACUAAUGCUUAUAUGUCUAAUUUAAGCUAUUGUGGAUGUUCAACAAAUAACCAGUUGUCCUUAAGACAUAAACACAAUAAAGUAAUAAAAUGAUUUAAACACACAUUAAGCCAAUG